AAAUCAACAUCUUCCAACCUAAAUUUUAUUGAAAUCCUAUACAAAAGGAUUAAUGUGUUAACUUGAUUUUCUCCAUAUUAUUUCAUCUCAUUGCGACUACAAAGAAAUAAUAUGUUUAAACAACUCUGUAUUAUUGCAUUUUAGAAUAUUUUGAUAGUUAAGCAACGUAUAUUCAGGAUAGAUGUGUUAAUGUUGUUCUUUUUGUUGCAGCAAUAAAAAAUCAACCUGUUUAAAUAUAUAAAUGUUGCAAAUUUUAAUUUUCAAUGGAAUAGAUAAACGUCUACAGUUUCUCCCACAUUCACCCCUAAUGAUGAAUACUAUAAAUACUAUAAGAUAGCUUCAAAACUUCGAGAUGGACGUAAUAGAGAAUAAGCCUGGAAGUCGAAUUGCAGGAAUUGUGGUUCAUAAUCUUACGAAACGGACGACCACAUUCGAUUUGUUGAAGAUGUUUCAAGAAAUUGGUGAAAUUGACAGCAUCGAUAUGAACGUCGACGCGACCGGAUUUCCGCUCGGGUCAGCCAACAUUAUAUUCAAGGAUCGCAAUGAUGUGGCUAAGGCUUACAAUGAACUAAAUGCAGCACGUUUGGAUGGUCAAAGUUUGAUGUUAACUAUUCUCCGUGAGAAUCGUAAUAAGUUGUACAAGACCGGAAAAGUGAAUAAUUGUUACAGUGUCGAUAUGUACUUUAUGAGUAGAUUCCAGAAGAAUCAUUCCAAAGUCAAGAAUGAAUGGGAGUUAAAUGUAGAUGCUUUGUGUAAUCAGAUUGAUGAAAGUAUAUUUUGAAGCAAAUGGACGGCAAUCAGUUAUUUUUUAAGUUUUUUUUUUCGU